AUGCACAAAUCAUUGGAAUCGGAAGGUUACACCUCGAAAGGUUCCCCGUCCGACAAACCAAAAAUUAAUUUAUUUCUGCUGCCGUUAUCACCGUUGGGUCUAAAUAAAACACUCUUUUGUGUUACUAACUAUCCAGGCAAAGAAGAACAAUCAUAUCAAAUAUUAAACGAAUUGGCAAAUCAGUUUGACGAGUGUAACUGUCAACAAAUUCCGGUAAUUAGUAGAGAUGAUCCAUUAUUCUCGAAACGUGUCAAUAAGUUAGAUCAAAUUGUUGUUAAAAUGGGUGAACAAAUGUCAGCAAUAUCGUCUGUCUUUACUUCAUCAUCUUAUUUGAUUUCUUCAUCACUUGGCAGGCAAAUGGUCGCGUUACAACGUAUUAAUUAUGAAAAAAAUCCUGUAUAUCUCGAUCUUAUGUGUUAUAUGUUAUUAAACUCGAAAACUGAAAAUGGUUUUUUAGCACCAAGUGAUUUUAAACAUAUGAAUGAUAAAAAAUUACAAUCCAAAGGUAUUGAAAUCUUAGAUCCCGGUUAUUUUGGUAAUGGUAUUUACCAAGGAUUUGCUGCUGAUUAUGCUAUCUACUAUUCCAAAAAGUAUAAAAGAUCAAAUGAAAUAAUGAUGAGUUGUGUUUUACCAGGUGAAUCGUUUUUAGUUGAAAAAGGACAAAAAAAAUAUGGAAAACCAUGCGAAUUAGGCCAUCAUUCUCACAGAUCACCUGAAGGAAAGGAAAUUGUUUUGUUUCAAUCUUGUCAAAUAUUACCAUUGUUUAUUAUCGAAUUUGAAAAAAUUCCGAAUCAGAAAAUUACUGAAGAGCCAUUGGAAUAA